AUGGAAGCCUUUGAAGGUGAGUUAGGCAAAAUCGGCUAUAUGGUUGUGAAACCCGAAAUCGAAUAUAAAAUUGCUUUCGAUGAGCCCAAGGUCUCUGGAGUGAUCACCAAUUAUCUUAAAAAACUUGCGGUACAUCAAUGGAAAGAAGAUCAAAAGAAAGGUACCGAUGAAAAAAAGUUGAGGGAAAACCCGGACAUGCUUGAAGACGGCUGGGGGACCGGCGAUGGUACCUACCGCCUUUUGGCGCUGGUUCGCAAAGGCUCGACAAACAAUGAAUCGUAUAAUGCUGAAUGCCUCGAAUUAGUGCGAACGCCCGAUGCAAAGACUCCCACCGAUCGAAUCAUGAGCAUCGACUACGACGGGGUGAAAUAUCUCAUCAUGCAUCGCCAAUCGCGCACCAGUAACCCAAAAAAUCAACGCACCGGACUCGCUGUGUUCAAAAAAUGGCUUCAGAAUCGUGUGCAAAGUUCGGAAAACGUACUGUUCCUUGGCGAUCUAAAUAUGGACUAUGUUUCCUGGGAUGAAAUAAAGCCUCGCCGCCACGUGCCAAAUGCUGACCGUGGGAACGCCUUUUUGAAGGUCCUGAAUGAGGACUGCUGGUUUAGGCGGGAAUGGGUCCGUCAGCCAACGAAAUUGGGCUCUGAUGCACAGCUUGAUGUGCUACUCUCCAGGAGAAUCCUGAGACCCUUCGGACCAAAGGGAGCCCAACCAGCCGGUAAAUGCGCCGUCGCCGGGCUCUUUGAUGAGCAGGAUGGACAAUGGAUGAGUUUGAGCAUCCAUAAGGCGCUGUUUUUCAACGUCUGGAAGGGGGAGCCCUGGUUGAUAAGCACCAAACCCGAGCACGAGCUGCAUAUUAAUGUCCCGAAGCCCGGCUACAAGCAGAUUACAUGGAUUUAUGCUAACAACAGCGGGAAUAAGGCCUUCAAGUGCAACAUAAGAACUACCCCUUCUCGCAGCAACAUCACGUUUUAUCAAGGGGAUCAACAAAAUAGAAAAAAGAUAGGCGCAGGAACGUCGUUUGAAAUAAAGGGUUCAAAUGAUCCGGGAGGGCCGAACGAGCUCGCGAUUGAUUUUUGGAUAAUCCUCACCAAUGUGGAAUCUAAAGAACAGCACCAUAUUCGCAUCGUUUACCAUUAU